AUCGCGAGAUUUUAACCUCACUCGCGGAAAUUGUUUAUGUCGGUAGCGGUUGAACGUGGGUUUUUAGCGGCGAUUCGAGCAACAUUUCUACCGAUUUACUUUAAUUUUUAACGUUAUAUCGAGUGUUUUACGUUUGUCGUAGCUGGUCGCGAUGGGGAAAGCAGAUUUUCUCUCUCCCAAGGCGAUAAGCAACCGGAUAAAAUCCAAGGGUCUCCAGAAGUUGCGGUGGUAUUGUCAGAUGUGUCAGAAACAAUGUCGAGAUGAGAAUGGCUUCAAAUGCCACUGCAUGUCUGAGUCCCACCAGAGGCAGCUGCUGCUGGCUUCAGAGGACCCCACAAAGUUCAUGGACUAUUUCUCAGAUGAGUUCAAGAGCGACUUCGUGGAGCUGCUCAGAAGACGCUUUGGGACCAAGCGAGUGCAUAACAACAUUGUCUACAACGAGUACAUCAGUGACCGGGAGCACGUCCACAUGAACUCCACACAGUGGGAGACUCUCACUGACUUCACCAAGUGGCUGGGCAGAGAAGGCCUGUGUAAAGUUGACGAGACCCCUAAAGGCUGGUACGUCCAGUACAUUGAUCGUGACCCGGAGACCAUCCGCCGCCAAGAGGAGCAGGCGAGGAAGAAGAAGCAGGAGCUGGACGAUGAAGAGAGAAGCGCCAGGUUCAUCGAGGAGCAGGUCCGCAGAGGCCGCGACAGCAAAGAGACAGACGAAACUCCAGUUUAUACAGAGCUGAAACGUGAGAAUGAAGAAGAGAAAGUUGCUUUCAACAUGGGCGCCUCUUCAUCUGUAGCCGGUCCUUCCAAAUCAAGCUCUGUCCUUGGUGCCAGUGCUCUCAAAACAGCAUCAGCAUCCUCGACCAAGAGGAAAGACACGUCCUUCGGUUCAGACUCCAGAGCGGAGAAGAAGAAGAAAUCUGCUCUGGAGGAAAUUAUAGAGAUGGAGGAGAAGAAGAAGAAGAAGCAGCAGUCGGUCAGGACGGAUUACUGGCUACAGCCCAACAUCGUGGUCAAAGUCGUCACCAAGAGACUGGGAGAGAAGUACCACAAGAAGAAGGCUGUCGUCACGGAGGUGCGAGAAAAUUACACAGCGGUGGUGAGGAUGAUCGACUCCGGAGACAAACUGAAGCUGGACCAGAACCACGUGGAGACCGUCAUACCUGCACCAGGUAAAAAGGUUUUGAUCGUGAACGGUCCGUACAGAGACACCGAGGCUCUGCUGGAGGGGAUCGAUGAAAAACAUUUCUGCGCCACACUCACUCUCGAAUCCGUAAGUAUUUCAAGGCUUCAGGCUGUUCUCACAUCAGCAGUAAAUGGAUGUGAUUUUCUGACCCAAAAAUAGAACAUGGACUAACAUAUUUGAUAACAUUCACUACUCAAAAACAUAAUCUGUUUCAUUCAAUCUGAAAAAUGUAUAAAAAUAUGAGACUUGACAAGUUGUUGUAAAGAUCACCAAGUUUUAUUGUUUUCCAUUUGCUGCAUUCACUUUCAUGUUGAAUUUUUUUUUUUUUUGUAUUUGUCAAGCCCAGUUUCUGAGUUGCAGCUGCAGCAGUUAUUAAAGAUUCGUGUCUUCUCAUCCUCAGGGUCAACACAAAGGAAAGAGGGUGGACGUCGCCUACGAGGAUUUCUCUAAACUGGCCUGAACCCGCAGCCCCUCCAGCUCUAACCUCAGGCAGCCGUUUCUGGCUGAGGGACUCUACUGUGUCAGAGUUACUUUCCCCAUGAUUCACAUGUACAUAUACAUAUCCCACAAUGCAUUUCCAGUGAAGCGUUACAGAAAAAACACAGAGCAAUAUGUUCAAUUUGUUUUUUUUUAAAUUUUGUAUUAAUAAUCAAGUUGAUCUUAACAUUGCAGAUGUAAAUUUUGUCCAAAUAAACAAAAGUGACUUCA